AUGAUCCAGGCUGCAUUGCUCCUUGGCUGCGUCCUACUGUCCUCAGUGGCCGCCUUUCCAAGGACUACCCAGAAUGGCGUCCUGACCCUUCAGCAGGCUAUCACAGCGACUGAACCUGCAUCAAAUGUGCGAUCCGGGAAGAUCCCUCCUCCAGCCCCUGGCACCUGCCAGGACCUCCUGUACGCAGUACCCUCCUUGGCCCCCUUCCCUGAGUAUUUGUCCCUCUUAGCACUAAGAGUGGCCUUGGAGGACAUUGGCUGCCCUGCUGAGGUCCGCUCUCUGCAGCUUCAGCUCAGUAGAGCGGGAGGGAAAGACAACACUGAAACCCUGGUCCUCGAGACUCAAAAGCGCACCAAGGAAGAAGAGAUUGGCAAUAACGAAGCCAUUCUGAGGGGCCCUGGGGGAUCCCCUGGGGAACUGAAGAGGGCUAGACGCUCAGUGACCCUGCCUGAGACAUGUACCUCUGGAGAAGGCCAGGUGUUCUAUGAGCUUGGGUCUCUGCUUGUUGAAUUUGCUGAGAAGCUCCCUUCCAUUGAUGUGGUGAGAGAGUUCAAGGCUUCUGCAGUCAACGUCACCCAGAAGUGCACCAUUGAGUCUUGGGAACAUUUGGAGCAAGUACGCAACAGGAUGAUAAAAAGCCCAGAAGUUCAGAACGCCACACUCUCCAUAGAAGAUCAAAUAUACAUCGUUGCUCGGUUUUCAGUCAUUCUGAAUCGUUUUUUUGCCAGCCUUCUGCUAAACUAUUUUCAGGCUUAUUUUGGAUAGACAAGGCCUCAGAGACAUCACGUGUACUUUCUCAUAGGCCUUAGUAGGUCUGUAUGCAGAGACCAUGCAUCGCAUGAAGCUAC